UUGGUAGCGGCAGCGAUCGGCUGAUUAUAGCAUAUAGUUUUUACCAAACAGUUCGCCCAUUAUCUUAAUCGGAUAUAAUCUGUGCAAUCGCUAUAAUAUCAAUUGGAACUAAGGCCAGAGAUCGGGCGAACCGUCGUCGUUGAUUUCGCUUCGAUUCGUCUUGUUUUCGACGGAAUGACGCCUUCGGUGGUGCAGUUUGGCUAACGGAUUUUAACAUGUUUAAUUAACAACAACAACAGUAUCAAGUGCAAUCUGAAUCGUGUUCGGUGUGUGUGAAUGUGUAUAUACAAAAACCCUUUGCUAAAGUCUUAAGUAAUAAAAUACACUCGAAUCAACUGCAAAUAAUAUUUUGCAACUAAACAAACAACAAGCAUUGCGACUGAGCAACGGUUCCUUGGUGUUCUCCCGUUUUCGCCCCAGCUCUCAAGUGCAGGAGUAACGGUAAACCAAUGCAGGCGACAAAAGGAAUGCCGAAAAGAAGCUAGAAACACAAAGAAAACAAAAAGUGUGCUGUGCAAAAACAACAAAAUAACUAAAAAGAAAUUAAUAUUAUCGCUGUUCGGAUUAAUCGGAUUAUCCGUUGCAUUCGUGAUACAUAUUUCGGGGUGAAGAGCGAAAAACUCCGCAUCAAUGCAACUGCGUGUGCACCCUACUAUGGACUGUCGUUCAACCAGCAAUAUUGAACGCGAUUCCGAUUUGGGAGACGAUUUGUCACAUGGUGAUCGAACAGACGACGAAAUGAGAGACUGCGACUCUGUGGAUGGGGAGCAUCAUCAGCUGAGCGCCAAGGCGGCUAUUGCGGCUCGUCUAAGUCACACAGUUUCCGGCGGAGGAGGAGGAGGAGGUAACUUUGCCAGUCCCGAGCCACAGACCGAGCUGCCCCUGAGCCAUCAUCAUCAACUGCCGCCGAAUCAUCCGCUUAAUGCCCUGGGCAGCUUCAUGGGCAUCGGUGGCCUACACAGCAUUCCAAGUCUGCAGCACAGCGAUGUUCUGGAGAAGCUCAAGAUGCAGGUGCGAGACAUGAAGGUGGGACUGAUGGAGCAGGAUUAUGCGGCAGCAGCCCAUGCAGCGGCCUUUGGAGCCAAUAUGCUGCCCACCACCAUUAAUUCGGGCUUCCCGCUGCCCCACAAUUCGGUGGCUGCAGCAGCGGCAGCCGCCUCCUUUGGCCACGUGACCUCGGCUCCAAGUGGUGGCAGCAACUACAACGGUGGCACCACCACAACACCCAGCUCCAAUAGUAAUCCCAGCAGUAAUGGGGGAGGAGGAGCAGGCACAGCUGGAGGAGGGGGAGGAGGAACAAGCUCUGGAGGCAACAGUGGAGGCGGACAUCCCUUCUCCUUCGCAUCCCCAACAGCAGCGCCCAGCGGCAAAGAAGCCAAUUCCGCAUCCAACUCGUCGACGUCCAGCGAGGCAUCCAAUUCAUCGCAGCAGAAUAAUGGAUGGAGCUUUGAAGAGCAGUACAAACAAGUCAGACAGCUCUAUGAAAUCAACGAUGACCCCAAACGCAAAGAAUUCCUGGACGAUUUGUUUUCAUUUAUGCAAAAGCGCGGCACACCGAUCAAUCGGCUGCCGAUCAUGGCCAAAUCGGUGCUGGAUCUGUACGAACUAUACAAUCUGGUGAUAGCCCGCGGCGGUCUGGUGGAUGUUAUCAACAAGAAGCUGUGGCAGGAGAUCAUCAAGGGACUGCAUCUGCCAUCGAGCAUCACCAGUGCCGCCUUCACCCUGCGCACCCAAUACAUGAAGUAUCUCUACCCGUACGAGUGCGAGAAGAAGAACCUCAGCACACCGGCGGAGCUGCAGGCGGCCAUCGAUGGCAAUCGCCGGGAAGGACGUCGCUCCAGCUACGGCCAGUACGAGGCCAUGCACAAUCAGAUGCCGCUGACCCCCAUUUCGCGACCCUCUCUACCGGGUGGCAUGCAACAAAUGUCCCCUCUGGCUUUGGUCACACAUGCCGCGGUGGCCAACAAUCAGCAGGCUCAGGCUGCGGCUGCCGCCGCCGCUGCCCAUCACCGAUUGAUGGGAGCCCCGGCCUUUGGCCAGAUGCCCAAUCUGGUCAAACAGGAGAUCGAAAGCCGUAUGAUGGAAUAUUUGCAGUUGAUUCAGGCCAAGAAGGAGCAGGCCAUGCCGCCGGGCCUGGGUGCUAGCCUGCCCCAUCAGCAGCAUCAGCAGCAGCAGCAGCAGCAGGCUCAGCAGCAGCAACACCAGCAGCAGCAAUCACAGUCGCAGCAGCAACAGCAGCAGCAGCAGCAUCACCUGCAGCAGCAACAGCAGCAGCGUCAGCGUUCGCAGAGUCCCGAUCUGAGCAAGCACGAGGCGCUCAGCGCCCAGGUGGCUCUGUGGCACAUGUAUCACAACAACAACAGUCCACCGGGUUCCGCACACACCUCCCCCCAGCAACGCGAAGCUCUGAACCUCUCCGACUCACCGCCGAAUCUCACGAACAUCAAAAGGGAACGCGAACGGGAGCCGACGCCAGAGCCUGUGGAGCAGGAUGACCUCUCCACCGGCCACCAGCCACCGCCGGCCAAGCGCAUGGGCAGCGGCCUCCUGCCACCCGGCUUCCCUGCCAUUUACCUGAAUCCCCACAACAUGGCCGCAGUGGCUGCAGCGGCAGGAUUCCAUCAUCAGCAGGCAGCAGCGGUGGCGGCCGGCCAUCAUCAUCAACAGCAGCAGCAGCACCAGGAUGCCGCCUCCGAGGGCGAGCCGGAGGAUGAGUACGGCCAUGGGGAGCACAAUACCACCGGCAAUUCGUCCUCGCUGCACGAUGACAGCGAGACAGCGCAGCCAAUAAAUGGACACCACCAUCACCACCAUCAUCAUCAUCACCACCAGAGCCAUCAGCUGGACAAAUCCGAUGAUUCCGCCAUUGAGAACUCGCCCAGCACAUCCACCACCACCGCUUCGGUGGGUCAUCGCCACAGUUCGCCAGUGUCCACCAAGAAGAAGGGCGGCUGCGGAUCCAAGCCACAGGAUAAGGAUUUAGGUGGCGGGGAUAAGAGCUUGGCCAGUGGCAAGCUGAAUCCUUUGGAAACGCUGAGCCUGCUCUCCGGCAUGCAGUUCCAGGUGGCCAGAAAUGGCACCGGUGAGAAUGGUGAACAGCAGCUAAUGGUCAAUUUGGAGCUGAAUGGCGUCAAGUACUCGGGUGUCCUGGUGGCCAAUGUGGCUCACUCUAACCAGAGUGUGACAAGGACCAGCUCACCUUGUCACGAGGCUGAAGUCCACCUCAACCAAGAGGAGGAGGAGGAGCAGGAGCACGAUGAUGAGGAAGAGCAGGAGCAGAGGAAAGCCGCUGAAGAGGAAGAUGAAGCCCAUCGAUCCCCUAUUAAGCAGGAGGUAGAGAACGAGCAUGACGAUGACCAGGAUAUGGAGUCCACAGCGGCGGCCAUUGUGAAUGGAGGAGGAGCAGGUGGAGCCAACAAUUCGACAGUGGGUGGUGCUGGCGUGGCAAUGCCCCUGCUCAAGGACGCGGUGGUCAGCUAGAGAGGCGAUAGGCUGGAGGAGAG